CAACUGUGCUCAAUGUAUCUAUGAUCUCUCAAAACCCGCCUGGCAUGCCGGUUUGAGUGUUUGCACUGGAACUGUGCAUUCUAGGAGCCGUUUUGCCACUGCUGCCCGUGCUGUGCUCCGUGGAGGCACAUGAUCGAGCCGUCUAGCGCUCGGUUCAUUUUCAACCCAGUAGACAGGGAAGGAGGCUCGGUAUCGGAGAAGGGCCGUUCGAUGGGGAUCAUGGAUCGGGCCGUCGACCCCCACCCCUUCCCCUCGAGAUUCAAAUGUGUAUUAGGGGCAUGUCUGCCCACUCGGCCAUACCGGCUACUUCUUCUCACCCUGCGGCACAAUCAGGACCGGCUGCGUGUGUCCCCGCGAGAUGAGCGUGGCCGGCUGCGCGUACGACUCCGAUCCAAACUGGAUCCACACCUGGCCCUUGGCGAAGAACCGCACCGUCACGUCGUGCACGAACUGGCUGUCCACCGGAUCCACCAGCCCGUGGAUGGUGAACUUCUCCCGGAGGCCCCCGUGCUGGCUGCGACCCUUGUCCGUGUCCUGCUGUUCGGCCGUCACCAGCUCCGCGUAUUGCAGUCCGGCCUGGCGCAUCGCGGCCACCAGCCGGGACUGAUAGGACUCCGGGUCGAACUCGGGCGCGAUGGCCGCGGCGUCGUGGCGCUUCGCGACGACACCCGCCACGCACAAGAAGACCAGCACCGCCACGGCGAUGAUGACCCCGCUCAGCAGGAAGACGCCCUCGAGAUUGUUGAUGAUGGGGGACGGCCACCGCACGCCCGCGAAGGUCAAUCCCAACAUCGCAAUGGCGGUGACGGGGGAGCCCAGCAUGCCGAUGAGGCCGGCCAUGAAUAUUCUGCCCGAGUGAUCGUCAGACACGCGUGGAGUCCGGGCCGUCCAGGUGGCUCGGGAGACUUACUUGACAUACCAUUCCGAACGGCCGAGAUCGCAAACGAGUUGAGCGCAGCGCCGGCUGGGGACCUGGAGCCCCGACUCCCCUCGGAAGCCCAAGCCCGAGUCCAGGGGGAGGUUGUUGGGUGGCAGGCUCGGGUCGGUUUCGAUCCCCCGGCGAGCGGCCAGCAGGAAGCGCAGCGGGUUCAGGAUGCCCGGCUGGGCCUGGACGGGCGACGCGUCAAUCAGCUUUUCGUAGUGGAUGGUGGUCAUCUUGUCGGUGGUCAUGGUCCAGGUGCACCGAGUGGUGAGGCUCUGGAGGGAUGGGAGGGGUGGGCUCGGGUUAAAUAGGGGAUAGAGCGCUGAACAGUGCUCCGGUUGCAAGGCUGAGCACCGGAGACACUAACCCUCGAGACUAAGACGCUUUGGUCCCAUCCAGGGAGCAGCGAUCGUGUGGUUGGCCCGCGAGUGACCCACCUCGGGGCUGUGUUCUGCCCGAUGGCCGUUGUUAUUGUGAUUUGUGACACUAGCCCUGCGCACCGGACAAGUUCCAUGAAUCAGUGACAGCGCAUGCCGGGUUGCCGAGGCGAUGAUAUCAUCUGUGUCUAACGGGAGGCCCCUGAUCGGUGAUUAUUUGAGCGUCACAAUCGGUCUUCCUUCAGUCAGUAGCCCCUGACCCGGACGAUCUAACCGUCAUGUCCUCGGGAAAGGAUCCAUCCCGGGACAUCGCGACGAGACAUCAUCGGUCCACGGUAUUCCGUAUCGAUGCC